CGCCACGCUACCUCCUUAUGAAUUAUUAAGAACUCUGUUCUUAUUUUAGCCCGACUCAUUGUACUGCAUUUACUUGCGUCGGUUCAAGGUGUUGAUUUAUUUAUCUUUUUUUUUUUAAUAUUAUGGACAGCUGUAUUCUGGCUGAUAAGCGUGUGAGCUGAUCAAGUAGUGAGACAAGCAUUGAGAGCAAAGCAGCAGCAGGAGCAGCAGCGCCGUGGUCACAAGGAGCCGUGGUAGAGGCAGCAGCAGCAGCAGCACAAUCAGUCACAGCGCAGGCAGCAACGGCAGCAGCAGCAGCAGCAGCAGCAAACUCUUCUCGUUUUCUCUCUUCUUCCCGGAGUUGUUUCUUUGCUCGGAGCACAAACGCCAAGGAAAUCAAAGGAGGAGGUUAUCCUGGGCUAGGUAGCUACUUUAAAAAAAAAAAAGAAAAGAAAAGAAAAAAAAAAAGAAAGAAACAAUCGCAGACCUGGCUGCCCCCAUGCCUAUCGAAUUUGUUUGCAAAAUCAAGUUUGCAGAGGAGGAUGAGAAGCAGAAAAAGAAACAGGAUGGGGACAAGGAGAGUCUGAUUGAGGAGAGCUGCGUACCUCCGGCCAAGGACUUGGCUGGGUUCGCAAACUCCUGCUCCCUACAUGGGAUUAAUCACAUCUUUGUCUCUGGACGACUUGGUAUCCGGCAGACUCUGUGGGCUCUUGCUUUUCUCACUUCACUGGCGCUCUUUGUUUACCAGGCAGCAAAAUGUGCCAUCUCCUACCUGGAGCACCCCCAUGUCACCGCACUCAACGAAGAGGCGACCCCUGAGAUGGUUUUCCCUGCCGUGACCAUCUGCAACAUCAACCGCUUUCGCUUCUCCGCGCUCACCGAUGCUGACAUCUACCACUUGGCUAACCUGACGGGACUGCCCCCCAAAAACAGGGACGGUCACAAGCCCGCCGAUCUUAUGUAUCCUGCGCCUGACAUGCAGGACAUAUUCAACAGGACGGGACAUCAGCUGGAUGAGAUGCUCAUGAGCUGCAAUUUCAGCGGGCAAAACUGCUCGGCGGAGGACUUCACUGUGGUUUACACCAGAUAUGGGAAAUGCUACACCUUUAAUGGGAACAAGACCACAUCCAGGAAAACCAAGCAGGGGGGAAUGGGAAAUGGGCUGGAGAUCAUGCUGGAUAUCCAGCAGGAUGAAUAUCUGCCAAUAUGGAGAGAGACAAAUGAGACAUCUCUGGAGGCCGGAAUCCGAGUUCAAAUCCAUAGUCAAGAUGAGCCUCCUUACAUUCACCAGCUGGGCUUCGGUGUCUCGCCAGGCUUCCAGACCUUUGUUUCAUGUCAGGAGCAAAGGUUGACAUAUCUGCCCCAGCCUUGGGGGAACUGCCGCUCCAGCAGCAAGGAGAAGUUCCCCGGAUACGACACUUACAGCAUCAGCGCCUGUCGCCUACUCUGCGAGACCAAUGAAGUUGUGCGAGUGUGCAACUGUCGGAUGGUGCACAUGCCAGGAACCGCUGAUAUCUGUCCUCCUAAUAAAAUCAACUGUGUUGACAAAGCACUUGCGCAGCUCCAGAAGACCAGCGGGGACACCUGUCCAUGCGAGACGCCUUGUAAUCUCACCCGUUACGGCAAAGAGCUCUCCAUGGUCAAAAUCCCUAGCAAGGGUUCGGCUCGCUAUCUCUCCAGGAAAUACGACAAGUCAGAAGACUACAUCAGAGACAAUUUCCUGGUUUUGGACAUCUUCUUUGAGGCUCUCAACUUUGAAACAAUAGAGCAAAAGAAAGCCUAUGACGUUGCAGGUUUAUUAGGUGACAUUGGCGGACAGAUGGGCCUUUUCAUCGGAGCCAGCAUCCUGACUAUUUUAGAAAUCCUAGAUUAUAUCUAUGAGGUCUUCAAGCAACGGCUACAACGUGUACUGAGGCCACAAAGAGAGGAAAAGAAGACCAAGCCGCAACCGCAGCCUGCCACUGUUGCGACAGUGGGUCUGGAAGAAAUGAAGAUCGAGGAGCCCAAUGCCGUGACGCGGAGUCACCCAGAAGGGGCGUACGCCAACACGAUGCUGCCCAAUCACCACCAUCAUCACACGGGACACCACGGGGUGUUUGAGGACUUCACAUGCUAGAUCCAACCAUCGUUUCCCUCGUUUUCUUUGCAGUGACAACCAAGGGAGAGCAAAGCAUCUGUUGGUUGCCAUUCAAGAGAGACCUUCUGUAUUCAGCGCCAGUUCUUUGCUGCCGUCAGUGAAAAGCUCCAGCCAAAGUCCAACACCAAACUUGUGAUGCUAACAUAGCACUUGUAUGUAUGUAGGCACAAAAUGGACACUCCGUUAUAUUUGGUUGUUUUGUUUUGUCAAGAUGGGACCCCUUUAAUGUUGUCUAACUUCAACUGAGAAGUCAGGCACUUGAUGUUCAAGUAGGACCAAUUUUCGGUACGUGGCUCCUUCACUAAAAAGAAACAGGCGGAGGACUGCAUGACCCCUUGACGUCAUUUGUACUCCCCCCCAAAAAGACAAUAUAAUUUGUUUGUUGAUUCGUUUCUCUUUUAGCCAUCUUGAUCCUUUUUGUUUCCCGUAAGCUAUUGGAGCACUCACUGAACUGCUGCAUUAAGACAUUGCAACUUUAUGAAUAUAUCUAAUCAUUUAAAGAGAUACUUAGAUCCAUAUGUUCUAUAUUGUAUACAAGGUGAACUCUAAAGUAAACGAAGCUCUUUUGUGUGUAAUUUCAAUUAUAAAGGGGUUCUCGGAGUGGAACUGUUUGAUUUUUUUUUUUUUUGUUUCUUUUUGUUUUUUGGUUUUUUUUUUGAAGAUUGAAGUGGCAUCUUUCCACAUGAUACACAUAGUCUGAUUUGUGGUAAAGGUGUUAGAGAGUAGCAUUGUACAUUGUAACAUUAACAUUGUAAAAACCAAUGAGGAGAACAUGGGCGAGAUUCUGUUUAAAUGGCUCCUGUUUAUAAUGCAUUCAUAGAUAUAUAUAGAAAACUUAUGUAAUCAUUUUGUUAUUUAUACAUUUUAGAGAAAUAAUUUUAUAUGCGAUCGCGAUUGUAGCAAUUACUGUACACAGAAAAAUCCGCAGAUGAAGAAGAAUAUCAAUACAUUUGUACAGGUAAGAACAAUGACUAUGUAUUGUGGACAUUAUUUCCCUACACGCGAGGUCCUGUUUUGUAUACGAACAUGUACAGUGGAACCUCGAAAUUCGAUGACCCCCCCCCCAAUCAGGUUGUACAAUUAGGAAUGCAAACUGCCAAAGUCAAACAAAACAGCUAUGACAAUGGAAGUGGAAGGUGAACGGAUUCUAAUAUAAGAGCAGAACGGAUCAUUGCUGGCUCACAAUAGUCCACAAUAAUCC